ACCCUUCAAUUUUCAGGCGCAUCUAAGUGAACAGCGCUAAACCCUAAAAACAAAGUGAACGAUUUACCCUUGUGUUGUGAAAUUUUUCGUUAAGCCCUAAAUUCCUCGACAAUGGCGUCGAUGAUGUUCACCGAUUGUUCCUCCGCUGCGACGUCGCGUCUCAUUCCUCUCCAUCGCCGCACCGGCGCCGUCUUUCUCCGUCAUUGCGUUGGCCAACUCCGCCUUCGAACCACCUCGUCCGAACGGAGCUGCAGCACUCUCUCUGUUCGCUCCUCUUCUUCUCCUACUCCCGUUGUCUCUGCUGAUGCCAAUUCGGAGGCUGCUGCUUCUGCUAUGGUAAUUGACGGGAAGGCUGUGGCUAAGAAGAUAAGAGAAGAGAUUGCUGUUGAAGUUUCUAGAAUGAAGGAUUCGAUCGGCCUGGUUCCUGGUUUAGCAGUAAUCCUUGUUGGGGACAGGAAGGAUUCAGCAACGUAUGUGAGGAACAAGAAGAAAGCUUGUGGAUCUGUCGGAAUAAACUCGUUCGAAGUGCAUUUACCCGAGGAUUCAUCCGAGGGAGAGGUGCUCAAAUUCGUCUCCAGCUUCAACGAUGACCCUUCCGUCCAUGGAAUCCUCGUACAGUUGCCUCUCCCUUCGCACAUGAAUGAAGAGAAUGUGUUGAGUGCGAUUAGUUGUGAGAAAGACGUGGACGGGUUUGGCUCGCAGAAUAUCGGGGAACUUGCGAUGCGGGGAAGAGAACCUUUGUUUGUUCCUUGUACACCCAAAGGAUGCAUAGAGUUGUUGCGUAGAUACAACAUUGAGAUUAAAGGAAAGAGAGCUGUUGUGAUUGGGAGGAGUAACAUUGUCGGGAUGCCUGCAGCUCUGUUACUGCUGGGAGAGGAUGCAACCGUCAGCAUUGUCCACUCGAGAACCAAGAACCCCGAGGAUAUCACGAGGCAGGCAGAUAUCAUAAUCUCAGCUGUUGGGCAACCAAACAUGGUUAGGGGGAACUGGAUAAAGCCUGGUGCAGUCAUCAUCGAUGUUGGGAUCAAUCCAGUUGAGGAUCCAAAAGCUCCACGUGGCUACCGAUUGGUCGGAGACAUCUGCUACGAGGAAGCCCGCAGCGUGGCAUCUGCAAUCACGCCAGUUCCCGGCGGUGUGGGACCGAUGACCAUAGCCAUGCUUCUUUCCAACACUCUCCUUUCGGCCAAGAGAAUUCACAACUUCCGGUGAAAGUUUCUGCCUUUAGGGUCGAGAUCUUCAACAGCAUCCCUGUUUUUGUGUUUUCUAUGAACCCAUGAUUUAGAUUAUUAUAUAAAAAGUGUUCAACUUGUCAAUCAGAUGCUUAUAAGCGAAUCAUGUUGACCAAAUCAUGUAUGAAGAAAUGUAUGGAAUGUCAUGGUGUUGUCGUGUUCGUGCAA